AUCGCAUCAAAUUCUUUUGUGAUGCUAAACUUUGCCAAGAAAAAGUUCGACACGGACAGUUUUAAGAUUUCUGUUCGGACAAAUCAAAUGUUGAUAACUUCCACGCGUUGAGUUGUUCAAUUUUGUCUUCUCGGCGAACACUUUUGGACUUCCACGAGUCGGCGUGCCGGGUGUUGUUUUACCGGAUCUUCCGCCCUCUUUGCGCCUGAGGAAUGUGCACUUUGCAGCUCGGUGCUCGAUGGGACACUUCUCAAGCCGGACUUGCGGAUGAUUCCCGGGCAUGAAAAGAAGCUGGGCGGCCCGGACCCUCCUGAGCACCGCGUAUAGCCCGGGAUUAGCGCUUCCUUUCCGGGCAUGGACGGUGGCCGGGUCGGGCUCCAGCAGGCGUCGGGCGGAGGCGGCGGGUGGGUCGUGGUGGAGGCCCGGCUGCAGGGUGGAGCACCGUGGGGAUUCACCCUUCAGGGGGGCCUGGAGCACGGAGAACCGCUCAUCAUCUCCAAGGUUGAACACGGCGGUAAGGCGGACAGUUUAAAGUGCCCCCUGCAGGUGGGGGAUGAGAUUAUCAUGAUAAAUGACAUCGAGCUGACUGGAUUUCGACAUGAGGCAAUUGCUCUCGUCAAAGGAUCGUACAAGACUCUGCACAUCACCGUCCGCAGGGAUUGCAUGGAGGAAUGUGGGUCUUCACCUCCCUCACAUCCUUCUUCAUACCGCGCUCCUUCGCCUCCUUCGCCGCCACCGCAUCCAAAACAACAAACACAAAUGGACUACAGCAGACCGGGCUCAACAGGGGGAGUCCAGCUUCGCAUCAGGAACAGACAUAAUGAGGCUGCCUCUCGUCCUCACUCGUGGCAUUCAACCAAGCUCGAUGUAGGUCAGCAGGACUCGGGCCAUGAAGCAACGGACACUUUAAGUAGUGCCUGGCCCCACAACUACCACUCAAGUGCCUCCACCACAGACCUCGCAGGGGAUUUUGACUCUGAUGGCGGCUGCCUGAGGAAGAGUCCGGACCAAUACAGCUCAAGAGGCAGCAUGGAGAGCCUGGAUCCUCCUCAGCCUGCACACCUCCAGCACCACCACACACUCGGCUAUCCCCCUCACAGUGGACCACACCCUGCCUACUCCUCCUGCCAACAGCUGUCCUCUGCCAGGUCGUCCAACAGCAUCGAUCACCUCCAUAGCAAGCGAGACUCUGCAUACUCCUCCUUCUCCACUAGCUCCAGUAUCCCAGAGUACCUUGCUUCCGCUCCGACCUUCAGUGCGGAGCGUUCCUAUUCUCUGGAGACCGUCCCUCAGAAAGGAGGAAGCGGAGAGAUGCAACACGCUGACAUUCAUUGUAUCCGGCCGGUCUACAACGCCCAGCAGGAACUCGCUCAAGAGCAGAAACUGAGCUCCACGUCGACUUCGUCGCUACGCAACAGUGACUCCAGAAUCGCAGGGAUAGAAAAGGGAGGUCAAAGCCGAGAUCUGCAAGGAGGUGGACUCUGUUACCGUGGCAGCACCAGUGGUCGGCUCAGCGGCGCACCAGCUGCAAACAGGCACAGCGUAGGUCCAGUAUGGCCGCCUGGGACCAGUCACAGCUCCUACGAGAACCUAAGAGGGGUACCUGCUCCGCCGAGACGCAGCGACAGCUACGUAGCUAUCAAGAACCACGACAGACCCAACUCUUGGUCCAGUGUUGAGCAUUCUCGCUCAGCUAAUAGGUCUCUGCAGAAAAGUCCCUGGCAUCACUCCAGUGGCCCAGUGGCAGCGAAAGGCUUGUACAUGACAGAGGACAGAGAGCUGCAUACAGUCAUAGAAAAGAGCCCAGAAAGCAGCCCCACCACAAAGCCCAGGCAGGGCUUUCCCCCACCAGGUGCACCUUCUGGACCCCCCACAGGACCUUUGAGCACGGAUCCCCAGUCGUCGGGACGCCUCGUUGUGCCCGCAGGAGUUUCCCUUGUACCCCAAGUGGAGUCACACUAUGCACAGAUACCCAGUUCAAGCCCCACGUCACCCACAUCUGGAGUUUACAGCGCUCUGGCCAAAGACAGCAACCGAAAGGAAGGUCUGCAUAAUGUCAGAGGACAGGAAGAAGAAGCCACAGAGAAUUGGAGCAACCAGCAGGAGGACAAUCAUUUUGGACACAACAGCCCCCGUCAUGCAGCAGGGAGGUCUGAGAGCCACCUGGGGUCUUCCCCCUCUCACAGUCCCCACCGCCUACUUGGUCACUCUAAUCAAGGACCCCUUAACCAAAUGUCGCAGCCACAAGAUUUCUUCAGCUCUCAAACUCAGUCGCCUCCUGCUCUCGGGGCCCAGACCUGCCAAGAGUGGAGGGACCCCUACACACCGGUGCAGUCGAGGAGUCACACGAGCAGAACAACAGACCAAUGUGAAGUUCAUCAAGAGCCAUUGACUAAUACCAGAGUGGCCCAGGGACAAGUGCCGCCUUCCCCUUCACUACUCCACCCUCAGCAUCAGCACCCCUCCUCCUCUCAGACACCUUCUCGUCACUACAGCGACUCUGCAGUUAUUCAUUACCAACACAGGGAUCAAAGCGAGCAGCAAAGAGACAAAGAACACCCGCUGACCCGUCUGGAGAACGCCCUCGUGGAGGUCCAACAAAGCACCGGCCCUAGCUGUGUCGUCUCCGCCGGUAGCUAUGACAACAGCACAUUGGGUGACGGCAUCCAGGGGCCCACUCGUAGUCUCUCGGUGCUGGAGAGGGUCAGCCGCUUUGAGCAUCGCGAGCGUGCAGGAAGGCAACGCAGCUAUAGCAUCACUCAUAGCCACAACAAGACCUCUCAUUGGAUCACUGACAAAGCCCACAUUGCCCACUGUGGAGCAGAGGACCUCAGAAGCAUGCUCGAAAGAAGCAGUAAAGGCAGCAAAUCCCAUAGAACUAUGAGUUACGGAGGAGGCAGCGUCAACUACAAGAAAGACAGGGCCACAGCUGAUCCCACUGCGGCCUUGGAAAGGAGCCUAAGCAGCCUUCAUCUGAAUGAAAGCAGGGGAGAAAUCUCUUUGAUACAAGAUACUCAGAACAUGCUGGGAUCUUAUUGGGACGCAUCCCUUCAAAGAUCUUACAGGGACUCCAUGAAAGAUGCACAGUCUAAAGUCCUCCGUUCCACGUCGCUGAGACACAAUUUCUCCCCCAAUCGUCUCUCUGAGAAGAAAGGCCCUAAAACUAUGCCAAAGCCAGACAUAGUCGUCUCACCGUCCCCUCACACUCCAAAGGAGCGCCACGUAGUCGGGCCGGAGACCAGAGGGCCGAGUCCCCCGGCCUUGCCCAGCGUGCCCCCGGUCGGACCUCCUGCUGCCGUGCUGCAGAGCUGCAGACGCAGACGUCUUACCGCAGAUCAGAAGAAACGUUCCAAGUCUGAGAACAACAUGAACGAGGUCGGGAUUUUCGAUUCGGAGACAUCUUCUUUCUUCAAGCUUGGAGGAGAGAUGAGUGUGGCGGACCGACGGAAGAUGUUUGAGCUCGGCUUUUCCAGCAACGCCAUAUCAAGGCCCGAUUUACGUCAGCUUCAGCAUGACGCUCUGGCUCAGUACGUGCAGAGGAAGAGGAGUGCAAAGACAGAUGAAGCAAGACAGAGGGUUGGUCCAAGGCCUCUCAAUGCGUAUCUGCAGUUGGACAACGCGUACCUUUCAGACACCAUCAGCCUCUCAUCCACGUCCAGUCUGCUCUCUCUCCAGGACCCUAACCCCAGCCAAAGUAUUUUCUCAAGUGAGCGGCCUCACAUAUCUUCUUCCCCUUCAGCUGACAUGAGAAACCUUCCGCCUAACUUCCACCACCCAGGCAGGGCAACCACCCCGAGGCCGCCAUCACACCCAUUCCCAAGCGGUGACUCUCCACCUGAGCACCACACCUCCAUCACGCACCUGCCUCAUAACUUCAUCUCUGGGGCGGACACCGGCAGACACGGUCCGUUUGCAGGUGAAAACUCACCGCAGCAGAAAGCAGAGCCUCAGCAGGACUCAGGAGGGCCCAAGCAGCAGAGUUCAACAUUGCGGAGUUCGAGGAAGUCUGCCUCUGUCGAGGAUCUUUUGGAGCGAUCGGAAGAAAAACAUCCUCAUGCCUCUCGUUCCCUCUCAUCAACCACUGUGGAAAUGCUGAAGCAGGACAUACCAUCAGAGAACCUGAAGAUGUUUGAUGCCGCCAUCGCUGAACCUGUGCACGGCACUAAGACUGAGGACAGAGUUGCAGACUACGAGCUGCAAAAAGGACUUUCCUCUCCUCCUCCAUCACAGAACGGUGCUGCUGGAUCCUUUCCAGAUGCAACCUCCUCCCACACUCCUGUCUCUAUGCGGCACAGACGUCAGAGGUACACAGACCGUCAGCGAGCUCAUAGCACCCCCUCUCUAGCAGCCUCCGUAGGUCUUCCUUGUCCACUCACCUGCCCGGACAGAGGCGGGGCUGAGUGGCCUGCUAACCAGGGUCUGAUCCAAGGCCACCGGGAUGCUGCUACCUACCCAGACAUCCCUCAAAGCAGCAUACCUGAUGACGCAAUGAUAGACAAACAUAUAGGACACAGUUUAAGUGACGGCACUAUGAAGGACGCUCAAAGUGAAAUAACUUUUAGUUUAGACGGAAGAGGAGAAUGUCAUCAAGAAGACGACAAACAAGUCCCAUCGGUGGCGUCGUCGUCGCUGCUCCUUUUCCCGUUUGACCCCACGACGGAAAGGAAGCAAAGUGAAAAUAUGGAGUCUCCGUCCUCUCAGCUAUCCAUCCACCAGCACGUGUCCUGCCAGCAACCAACAUUAUUCCUGUGUAACGAGGACUUAGAUGAUGUCUUUCUCCAAAAUCCUGCCCCUCCAUCUCUGCCGCCUUCUAUCAGAGAGACUGACAUCAUGGAGGACUUCCCUCCUCCUACUCCCGACCCUAUCCUUCAGUUGAACAACAUCUCUUUGCAGACUGCCGAAAGCCUACUUCCAUCUUUGAAAGUGCAGUCGUCAACCCUCACGUCCACCACUACAUCGAGUAUUUCUAGCCUGGACAUGGACAGUUUUGACCUUGAGUACGAGCCUCUGCUCAAGAGGGAAAAGACCCCAGAGGAGCAUCACGUGGAAGCAUUGUCACGCCAACUGGUGUUGCAGGAUGGCUCGCUGUCAUCAAUCUUUGAAAGAAGGGAGGGUAAAUCAACCGUAGAGCUCGUGGAAGUCAUCUUUCAAAACAGCGGACCGGGCGCGAACAUGUUAUGGCAAGCCAGCAACAAUAAUGACAGGAUGGAGGAUGGUUUCACCACAGAAAUGGAUCAGAGUACUGGGAUGGAUGAAGAUGGGAAUGACCUCAACAACAAGAAGGUGGAGUUGUGUGAGGCUCUCAGGUGCAGCGUGCUGACUCUGCGUCGAGACAAGGAGGCUCUGUGUGAGGAGCAGAGGCGUCACCAGGCACUCGGUGCAAGCCUCGACUCUCUGGUGCAAAAACUAUGCAAGAUCAACGAGAGGGACAAGUACAGCAUGUUCAUCGGAGAUCUGGAGAAGAUCAUGAACCUGCUGCUGUCACUGUGUAGCAGGCUGGCAAGGAUCGACAAGUCCCUGCUUGCUCUGGAGGAGCUCAAACAAGAGGACAGUUCAGAGCAGAGGGACUCCCUCCACCACAAACGCUCCCAGCUCCUCCGUCAAACAGAGGACGCUUGGGAACUGAAGGAAAACCUGGACCGGCGGCAGCGCGUCGUUCACGCCAUCUUGUUAGGCUACCUCACUCAACCCCAACUCCAAGACUACCGACACUUUGUGAGCACCAAACCCUCCCUACUGAUUCGCCAGAGGAACCUCGAUGACCUCAUAAGUCAACGGGAGGAGCAGCUGACCAAGCUGGCGGAGACCCUCCCGCGGGAGUUGGCGGCGACGUGGGAUCAGGGUCGGUCGGAAGGAUCUUCGUGUUUAUCCCUGAACCCCGCCCCCUUCCCACAGCUGACUUCUGACCCCUCCCACUCAGUCAGGCCCACCACAGUGACAUCGCUGUGACGUCACGACUCAUCGGCGGUGAAGGACCGGAGAAGAAGCUGCUCGCUGAAUCUAUGCAUAUGUCACACAUAAAUCCCCUAACACUAAAAUGUGCCUUGUUUUAUUCACACCUGACUGAAUGUUUCACCGGGCAAAUAACCACAACAUCCACAACCAGCUUUGAAAAGGUCCCCCAGGCUGCAAGAGCAAGAGCGCAGGUGAGUUCACGGUCCAAACACAGUGAAACUCGCUUAUGUCGACCAACUCAUCAAGUCCACCGUGUUCUUAUGUCACUCAGAAGCGCCCGCUUAAGUCGACAUACCGGUCGACUGCUUUUGUCAAUGUGAAAUUUGCAGCACAAAAAGGGUAAUUUCCAUGAAGUUCAUGUUGUUUAUGUUGUUGUAGUAUUUUUCUCACAAGUGCCGUGCGUAAUGUCAGUGAUCUGUUGGGGGGCCAGUUUUGCUCGAACAAAGCGCUUGUAAAAUGAUUUUUUUUCGUACCACAAACGUAUUCGUAGCCCCUUCCUGCCCCGUCACCAGAGGUGGGAGUCUUUGGGCACCUCACGAUUACGAUUCAGGAGCUACGAUUCCAUUAAAAAUCGAUUAUUGAUGCAUCUUUAAUUUAUGUAUAUUGAUGCAGUUUUACAUUUCUUUUUGUUUUACUGAAUAAGCGUUUAUCACUUGCAACUAGAGAUGUCCGAUAAUGGCUUUUUUGCCGAUAUCCGAUAUUGUCCAACUCUUAAUUACCGAUUCCGUUAUCAACCGAUACCGAUAUAUACAGUCGUGGAAUUAACACAUUAUUAUGCCUAAUUUUGUUGUGAUGCCCCGCUGGAUGCAUUAAACAAUGUAACUUUACCAUGAAUUUGAUUAACGUGGACCCCGACUUAAACAAGUUGAAAAACUUAUUCGGGUGUUACCAUUUAGUGGUCAAUUGUACGGAAUAUGUACUGUACUGUGCAAUCUACUAAUACAAGUUUCAAUCAAUCAAUCAAAAACAUGGUUUUCCAAAAUAAGAGAACAACUUCAACUCCAGUUAUGAAAAAAAGUGCCAACAUGGCACUGCCAUAUUUAUUAUUGAAGUCACAAAGUGCAUUAUUGUACAGCGGCGUUUUAAAAAAUCAUAAAUUUUACUUUUUGAAACCGAUACCGAUAAUUUCCGAUAUUACAUUUUAAAGCAUUUAUCGGCCGAUAUUAUCAGACAUCUCUACUUGCAAAUUUAAAAAACGAAUUCAUUUGGAAUAAGAAACAGUUCAAUUAAGUCCCACCUUUAUUAAAUCCAUGAAAAUGUAUGCAAAACUGAACCACACGUGCACGAUAGCAUAGGAGCUGGUCGGAUCUCUCGAUGAGGUGGCUCACUUCAGUAAGCCAAAUUUUACAACUGUCUGUAUUACAUUAUUUACAAUAAAUAAAUCGAUUACGUUUACUACGUUUAUUGCGAUGCAUCCAAAAAUCGAUUAUUUCCCCCACUUCUGUCCAUCUCUGAUAAGAAUAUAGUGGCAGAUUUCCCCAAAUAGCCGCACAGCGUUAAGGCUGGUAAACGAUCGUACUGAGACUGAAUGCCAAUCAGUAACAUGUCAGGAAGGCAUACAUCAUGUAUUGUAUGUUUUAAUUAUGUUAAAGUUGUUAUUUUGCACUAAAGAAAUAAAUUACUGAACAAUUUAUUUCCCACAAAUUAGUUUUAAAAAAUGCAUCAAAUUCAUUAAAUUCAAGACUGAUUAAAAAAAGUUCACAAAAAUGUGUCAAUGAAUGUUCUUAUUCACCCAGGUCAUGGUAAUCUCAGGGCAUUCCAUCAAUCGCAACUGGACUGUUUGGUUUGUCUUAGAAGACAUUUCACCUCUCAUCCGAGUAGGCUUCAUCAGUUCAUGCUCAUAGACUUA